AUCGUCUCACUAUUCCGCACUCAUGCCGCGGCUCUCGCUAAGCAAGACUGGGCCACAAUCACGGCCGGGCUUCAUCCAGAGCUUACUCGGAAUCACCGGGCUCAAACUGCCGAGCAGUAUGUUAAUCAAGCAAAGGAAGGAUUUAAGGCUAUUCCAGAUCUACAUGUCACGCUGGACCAGGCAUUUGCCGAUAAAAGCAGCAGCUACGUAUUUGGUCGCCUGAUCGUGCGAGGCACACUCAACCAAGAAUUCAUGGGAAUCAAGCCCUCUGGAGGCCCAUUUGAGUUUUCGGAACUCACUUUCUAUGAGUAUAAGGAUGGUAAAGUUCUGCGGAUCCUCACAGCUACGGAUAAAGAGUCGAUAAAGAAUCAAGUCGAGAGC